CGAAACCGUUAGUGCGGAUCCAGAAGCUAUGGACCCUGGAAAAGUCUUCCAUCAUUCAACAAUUAGGAACAAGGACUAUCAAAAAGUUUGGUCCUCAUCUUCAGAUCCUGUGCAUUUUGAAACGGAUGUUUCUCAUGAAAAAUUAGAAAGCAUGUCAGAAGCAGAGGCCAUGAAUUUCAGCAGUGUUUCUCAAGACUUAACCCACUCACAUUCUCCCUUUUAUAUGGAAACCAACAGUACCACUUCAGACUUGCCUCAGAAUGAAACAAAGAAUGCUGAAAGGGAAGAUGAGUGUAAAUUCACACUUUGUGAAGAAAUGUAUGGCACACUAGAUGACUGGUUAGGUGAUGUCAGCAUUGGAAAUGAUUCACAGAACCUAACUCAGCCAGAUGACAUUUCCUCCUUCAGGCAAUUUGAACCCAUUUGCAAAUUUCAUCUCAGAGAAGCACUUAAUAAUGGAAUGAUAAUAUCUCAAAAUUCAACAGAAAGCUUACCUUACACAGAGAAACCAGAAAGGCAAAGUUGCGUGUGUAAUUGUGCAAAAGACACCAAUGUGAAGAAAGAUUCAUUUAAGGAAGAAAAUCCAGUAGGAACUAGCACCUCCACAAAUGAAGACCAGCUUGCUCACGAGUGUGUCAGACAACCUUCUAGAAGCCCACCUCUAGUCCACAGCAGUGGAGAGACGCUGAAAUUCAGGGAAAUGUCACUGUCUAAAAGUGCUUACAUGGAGUCUAGUCAACCUCAAACCUUCCUAUAUGAGGAGAAUGUGCACAGAGAUGUUGAAAAAACAUUUUAUCAAGAGAAUAGCUUUAACCUCUUUGAUCUGAGAGCUAAUUAUACAACAGAGGAGAUCUCAGUGUCUUCGAAAGGAAUACAGACCUUUGGGGAUAUUCCUGAGAUGCCAGUCUGUCACCAUAAGGAGGUCGCCGUGGAGGGCAUGGACAGGCCACGGAUGGGCUCACCUUGGCCUCCUGCAGGCACUACUUGGGGUCGUGGAGCAUCUCCAAGUGAUGGCAAGAUGCCUGACACAAAGCAGAGCUUGGAAAGCUUACAACUUCCAGAAGAGGAUAUGGCUUUAAAUGAAGUCUUACAGACAUUACAGCACACUAACAAACAGCAGCAAACUCGGAUCCAAGACCUGCAGAGUAGCACCAAAUAUUUAGAGAAGAAGGUUGAAGAACUACAGAAGCAGACUACCAAACAGCAGGUGUUCGUGGACAUCAUAAAUAAGCUGAAGGCCAAGGUGGAAGAAUUAAUUGAAGACAAAUACAGAGUGAUGCUAGAGAAGAAUGACACUGACAAGACACUGAAGAAUUUGCACGAGGUCUUAACUCAAACCCAAAAGCAUCUUCAGGAAGCUAGGCAUGAAAAGGAAACCUUAGAGCUGGAGCUUAAGAAGAUCAAGGGCAAUUACAUUCACCUACAGGAAAGGUACAUGACUGAAAUGCAACAGGAAGAUGAAACCGUCAGUCAGUGCCUAAAGAUGGACAGAAGCCUAAGGGAGAAAGAAGAGGAGGUGGAGAAACGGCAGCAACUCAAGGGGGAGCUGGAAAAGGCUACCACCUCCACUCUGGACUUGCUGAGAAGGGAGAAGAAGGCCCAAGAACAAGAGUUCCAGUCUUUACAGGAGGAAUUUCAGAAGCAUGAGAAGGAACACCUGGAAGAAAGACAGAAACUGAAAGCAACACUCAAAAAGCUGCUCACUCAAGUUCAUCAUUUGCAGUCCGCAUCUGAAAACGAGAAGGUAAAGAACGCCCAACUCCAGCAGCAGGUCAACGAACUAAAACAGGAAAAUGCAAGGUUUCGGCGGCAGGUGGCAAGGAGCCAGGAGCCGAACGAUGCCCCUGGGUUUGACACAGCCUGGCUAACGGAGCACUCUGGAGAAGCGGUAGAGGCCGAUAUCAAAAAGGAUUCUAAUUUGUUCCUGAACUGUUCACCUGGUGAAAAAAGCCUGAGUCCCCCAGAUGUGAAAAGGACUUCUCAGCUGGUCUCCAAAAUUCACAGUGUUCCGACUCUGAUGGUAGGACUUCUCACAUCCCAAGACAUCACCACUCCCGACGUUGAACAUUUCAAAGAGAGUGAGAAAGUUAGUGAUACGAUGCUACAAAAAUUGAAGCAGUUCCAUCUUAAGAAGAAAAGUUUAGAUAAAGAGCUAUUAGAACAUAAAGACAAAAUCACAGCUUUUAGAGAGCUAAUUGCAAAAGAAAAAGCAUUUCAAGAUCAGGUUUUUGAGAUUGCAAAAUUGGGAAAUCUUCUGGAAUCAAAAGAAGACCACUGCAGCAGACUCAUUGAAGAAAAUGACAAAUAUCAAAGACAUUUAGGCAACUUAAUAAAUAAGAUUACAUCCUACGAAGAAAUCAUCGAAUGUGCUAACCAAAGGCUCACGAUAUCCCACUCCCAGAUUGCACAUUUAGAAGAGAGAAAUAAACAUUUGGAAGAUUUAAUUAGGAGGCCCAGAGAGAAAGCAAGAAAACCACGGCCCAGAAGAUUAGAAAAUCACCCAAAGUCCUUGACCACGAUGAGGCCUCUUCGGCCUCUGAUCAUCAUACGUCCUGUAACUGGGAAGCCCUCCCUCUGAAAUUUUCCUUGUAUCGGUGUCUUCACAUCAUCCCUACAGCUACUGCUUCAUGUCGGGCCCUCAUCAUUUCUUAUCUCG